AAAUAGUAUACAUUAGUUGUCCUUAAAUCAAGACAAAUGGAUGAGAUCCUGAGGUCGUCGUAGUCAAGCUGCAGUCCAAAGAGCUACAAAGGACAAGAGUUAAGCACGUCGCCAAAGGGAACAUGGAGACACCAGAUGUCGCGGAGCAGCCACAGGAUCAGAACAGCCGAUAACGUCCCUCGCAUCGACUGAGUAACUACGAUGUCCGCAGGCUGUUCGAUUGUGCCCCAUCAGAACAACAUCUGUCAGCGACCACGCACACGACGAAAAGGCAUGUCUGCGUACCAGUCAGGUUAUACCGCAGUGCACCAGCAACGAUCAAUGACUUCCCAUGAUCGUCCACAAGACGAUGCAGGCAACGCCGACAGACGGACACAGACCACAAUGGCAGACCAAGACCAAGCAAACAAGAUACUACGCUCAUGACCCACGACGACGCAGAUGAUGGAGGAAACCGAGGCGAGAAACAGCCGACAGACGAUCGAUGGAGCGGUCGCCAGAGGAGGGGGAAGAAGACCAGACCGCCGAAGGAGGCUAACCGGACACUCCGCCCAACCGACCGAGAGAACGAUCGAGAGUGCUCUGCAACACGCAGGCACUUGACGAUUGCCCCACUCAGUCCGGGUUUCGUGAACGUCGUCGAUCGGCAGAUAGCUAGUAGGCUUCCAUGUCGUCUAGAGUUUGUCGAGUCAUUGUCGGCGGUGAGUCGUCCGGAGUCGUCGAGAGAUCAGCGAGGCCAUGAGAGUUGUCGAAGAGUAGAGACUAGUUGUACUUGGUGUUGAUGGU